GUGAGAGAGAAAAAGAUGCAAGAGAGACGUGGAGAGGUCAACGUGAGAGCAGAGACAGGGCACACGGACAAGGCCUCAUCCCCUCGGCUCCUAGCUGGGGUGCCCCUGAUUUUGCCCUACACAGACUCAACCCUACACCAUGCGCCCUGCAGUCAGCGUGACUCCGCUCGCCCAGGUCCCCUCCGGCCCCGAGGGAAAAGUGCUCCACGAGCGGUAGAGUCUUUCCGCCUCGCUUUUCCCUCCCCAUCCCCGGUCCCCGCUCCCGUCUGGGCGCCAGCUGGUGGGGCGCGCGCAGAAAGCCCGUCUGCGAGCGGGAGCGCGUGGCGCGGGGCCGCUCCCGCGGCGGCACAUGGCCGCAGUCAUCCCGCAAGCCUCCGGAGGCGCCGCGCCCAGCUCGCCCGUGGUCCGUCGGCUGCGCCCCGCCGCCCCGGCGCCAAGCAGAGGCUGAACGCGGAGGUACCCGGGCCGGGCGUCGGGAUGACCCUUCUCCUGCUCCUCUGGCUAGUGUCCUACUAUGUCGGGAGCUCGGGGACUCACACUGAGAUCAGGAGAGUGGCAGAGGAGAAGGUCACUUUGCCCUGUCAUCAUCAGUUGGGGCUUCCAGAAAAAGACACCCUGGACAUCGAGUGGCUGCUCACUGAUAAUGAAGGGAACCAAAAGGUGGUAAUCACGUACUCCAGCCAGCAUGUCUACAAUAACUUGACUGAGGAACAGAAGGGACGAGUGGCCUUUGCUUCCAAUUUCCUGGCAGGAGACGCUUCCUUGCAGAUUCAGCCUCUGAAGCCCAGUGACGAGGGCCGGUACACCUGCAAGGUGAAGAAUUCAGGGCGCUAUGUGUGGAGCCAUGUCAACUUAAAAGUCUUAGUGAGACCGUCAAAGCCCAAGUGUGAGCUGGAGGGAGAACUGACAGAAGGCGGCGACCUGACUUUGCAGUGUGAGUCAUCCUCGGGCACCAAGCCCAUCGUCUACAACUGGCAGCGAAUCCCCGAGAAGGAGGGAGAGGAUGAGUACCUGCCUCCCAAAUCUAGGAUUGACAGCAGCAACCCAGGGCGCGUGCUGCUGCAGAACCUCACCAUGGCCUCCUCCGGACUCUACCAGUGCACAGCAGGCAACGAGGCUGGGAAGGAGAGCUGUGUGGUGCGAGUCACUGUGCAGUAUGCACAAAGCAUAGGCAUGAUUGCAGGAGCCGUGACGGGCAUGGUGGCCGGUGCGCUGCUGAUUUUCCUCUUGGUGUGGCUGCUGAUCCGAAAGAAAGACAAAGAGCGGUAUGAGGAGGAAGAGAGACCUAAUGAGAUCCGAGAAGACGCUGAGGCGCCCAAAGCCCGCCUGGUGAAACCCAGCUCCUCGUCCUCAGGCUCCCGGAGCUCGCGCUCCGGCUCUGCCUCCACCCGCUCCACUGCCAACAGCGCCUCCCGCAGCCAGCGGACACUGUCCACAGAGGCGGCGCCACGGCCGCCGCCGGUGCCCCGCGCGAACGGCCGAGCGGGGCCAGGGGCCAGAGGUGCGGCGCCAGAGGACCUGCGCCCCGCAGCCCCGACCGAGGCAGAAGCCACACCCAGCCCGGGCCCCAGCCAGAGCCGGCCCUUCCAAACUGUCUGAAUUACGGUGCACUUGGACUCCCAGGCUGUCCUUGGGGUCAGCAUCUUAGGAGUUUUCUAGCCAUCACAGCCCAGCCACCAGCCACACCACCCCCAAUCAUAUGAGAGGUCACCUAGUAGCAGGGAGCCUUGCACCAGGCCGAUUCAAAUGAACACUCUCCUUAGAGCACACUGAACCAGGUGUGAGCCCACGCCUCCAAAACGGCAUCUCCUUCUGCCUUCAGCCAAGAGUGGGGGAAGCAGGGGUUUGAACCUGUCUAUCUGUGGGCAGGGCCUGGAGUGAGAAAGUCGGAGGAAAGAGGAAGUGAACCCACAAAGAACCUCUCACCUGAGAUGUUUCCUACCAACACUUCAAUUCGUGAUUGUCAAGAAGCAACGAGGUAUUGUUCAUAGAUCUCCUAUGCCUUUCUGCAAGCGGGUUAUUGAUCAUCCAGAGUCGAGCGGAACCCACAGCCUUACGUUAACACCUCUCAGCACUGUGUCCUGAGAAAAAAGGAACUGUGUCUUCUGUUUCAUCCUGACUUCAUUUACCACUAGGUUAAAAUACAGAUUUCAAGGGGAAAUGAAAUGAUAGGACACAAAAGACGAUAGUUGAGUUCCUCCCACUCCAUCCACCACUAAUUUCCCCCUACUUAUACUGAACUACAAAAGAACCACAAAGAGUCCAAAAUGUGUGACAGGACUGUGAAAAACGUCUCAUCCUAAUGAUGUUCAGAGGGUCACUGACAAAUGUCAGCAAUGUACCCUGGAACAGCUGUGGGUUCCCCUCAAAUGAGACAUUUCUGAGGACUCCCCUGCUGGGUAUCUCUGGAGGAACAAAACAUUUACUAUAUGCCAUUUAACAAUGUCCCUAUAAAGAAGUCUUUCCGUGUAACAUCUUUUAAAGAUGCUUUUAAACAUCUUUUAAAGACCCAACAUACCAUUAUAGUUUUUCUGAGAACAUAUAAAACCAGAAUUUCAAGACUUCUAGACUAGAUAGGGAGAUUAAACUAAUUUUCUUAAUGUGUCACAGUAUGGUAUAAGGAAAUUUAGAACUGCACCAAACUUGCGACUUUCUUUCGUUUUAGAAAAAGGAUGUGAACCCGGGACUCCUGAUGAUUCUAGGCCUUCCACUAUCAGGAAGAUCAGGGAUUGCCAACAUUUCCUAACUGCCCCCCAUGUCAAAAUCACUCCUGCCUCAGAAGUUGAGACAGACGGAAAUUCCACAUUUUACCAGCUUAGCCUCUAAGGAAGUGCAGCUCUGGGGUAGAAGGAGAUGGAAUUAACACUUCGAGAAGAGACAGCAUAAUCAGUGAAUGGCAGAACAGGUUUGUGCAAGUGUCCAUUAACAUUUUAAUUGUCAGUAUCUUGGAAAGCAUUAGCAGAAAUGAUUCAUCAGGGUAGCUCUCAGAAAAGCUGCUUCAUGGGAAAAAGAAAGAUGUCUAGAAAAUGUAAAAAACAACAAAAACUAACAGCACCCACCAAUACAAUAACUUGCCCUUUUAAUAGUUUUGACUACUCUGCCACUCAAACUCAUCCUAAUGACAAGAAUUCAAAACCUGAAAUAGCCCUUCAAGGAGCCAGUCGUUGGUAGAGCAAGAGAUUUAUUAUUAAAAGGGCAGCAAGCUCUAGAAAAGAAGAGGCAGUGCUUCUCAAAUGGGAAUCAGAUGCUGGCAGGGCAGAGGCCGGUCUGGGGUUGUGCUCCAUUUCUCUGGUUUUCCAUUUCUCCAUUUAAUUCUCACCACAGUGUCCUCAUACGAAGCAAAUGCAUUUCCUUCUAAAGCCCUGUAAGAAACAGGGGUUUAUCCUUGGGAGAAAGUUUUCAUCUGCGUUUUGUCUUACUCUAAAAAAAGUUGGCAAGUAGUGUAAAAAAUGUCUGGUGUUAGUUUAAGAGGGAUAGCAUAUUUGGAAUGUUUCUCAUACUAAUGCUGCCUCAUUGUAAGAAAUAAAAUCCCUUUACUUUUUCUUCUUCUGGUGGUGGUAUCCAGCAACGUAUCACUACUUCUGCUACAUAAUACUAAGAAUUCUCAUUGCCAGAGUACCUGAGCCACACAGGUCACUAUGGAGGCUGCAGCUCUACCACCACUACCUAUUUUACUGUGAGCAUUACUUUCUACCUUUGAACCUAAGGUUUCCCCGCUCAUGCCUUUGAAAGCAGGGAUCAGCCCACUUUGCAUAAAAACAGUAUUUAGGUAGUUUGAACAUGUGGUUGUCAGAAGACUAAAAUAACAAAUAAAUUAAUAGCCAAAGUAUUUAUUUUGGAAAUCUAUUCCAAUACAAAUCAACAAAGAAGUCACAAAACUGAUAACUACCUACCAUCUGAGAAAUUCUAGGGCCUGAAGAUCCCGAGAGAUAAGAUGCUGGAGUCUUAGCAAUGACAGUGCACUUCUCCUUGAGUCAGUUUUGGGUUCAGACAUGACAGGAUUUGGGCUUGAGAUAAAGUCUGAGCUGCUGCUGGUUUCAAACCACAUUCCAUUAACUCUGCAAGUCAAAUAAAGUUGAUUAUGAAACAAAUAAACAAAGGAUAAAAUAACCAAAUGACAGAAGAAAAAAAUGUUUGUAGGAGGAAGAUAUAAACAAAAUGAUGUGAAUGUUUCGAGAGUAACGAUUUCAAUAAAAUAUAUAAAUAAAAUUUAAAAUUGUAAUUUAACGAAGUCGAUGCCUUUGUUGUUGCACUGUAUAAAACCAAGUUUAGAACUGCUGUUGCAGA